GCAUGUAAGUUGUCCCUCAGAUAAAGAAGAGGAAAAGUCCUCCAAAGAUGGAUCUGAAAAAGAAGAAAAGGAGAAGAACAAAGAAAAGGUCCCAAAGAAAAUGUUAUCUCGAGACUCUAGCCAAGAAUACACAGACUCGACUGGAAUUGAUGUGCACGAGUUUUUAGUUACAACACUGAAGAAUAAUCCAAGGGAUAGAAUGAUGCUGCUAAAACUAGAACAAGAUAUUCUGGAGUUUAUUAGUGAUAACAAUAAUCAGUUUAGAAAGUUUCCACAAAUGAGUUCAUAUCAUCGGAUGCUCUUACAUCGAGUAGCUGCUUACUUUGGCAUGGAUCAUAACGUUGACCAAACUGGAAAAGCUGUCAUUAUUAACAAAACCUGCAGUACAAGAAUACCAGAACAGAGAUUUUCAGAGCACAUAAGAGAUGAGAAGCUAAUGGAUUUCCAAAAGAGAUUCAUUCUUAAAAGGGAUGAUGCUAGUUUAGAUAAAGAUGAUAACCAGAUUCGUGUACCAUUACAAGAUGGCAGGAGGAGCAAAUCUAUAGAAGAAAGAGAAGAAGAAUAUCAGAGAGCCCGUGAGAGAAUAUUUGCACGAGAAUCUUCUCAGAAUGGCUACAUAAUUGACAACAGGACUAAUCGAGAUGGGUCAAGUCAUGCCUCUAGCAGCCGCCAAAGCAGUACAGAUAGUGAGAUAAAAUCAUUGGAACCACGCCCAUGGAGCAGCACAGAUUCUGAUAACUCCAGUCGGAGUCUGCGUCCACCUGUCACUAAAGCCAGCAGCUUCAGUGGCAUUUCAAUACUAACACGUGGUGACAGCAUUAGCAGCAGGUGCCCCAGGGCAGGUUUACUGUUGGGAACUCAUGAAGUGUGCAGCCCAUUACCUGCUUCUCAAUGUGUGAGAGCCCUUCUUCCUUGUUCAACACAACAGCAGCCACCAGUACUUCCUCCCCCUGCACAACAGCCAUCUGUAACUAAUCACAUGAUGCCACAGUUACAGGUUUCAUAUUUCCCUCCUGGACAGUAUGCAAAUACAAAUCAACAGUACCGUCCUGUUUCCCACCAGGUGCAAUACAGCUCCCAGCGCAGUCAAACGCUUCCACAGCCACCUCAACAAGCAGGUUUACAGCCCGUGCUGUCCAGUCAGCAGCAGGCAUACCAGGGAAUGAUGGGAGUCCAACAACCACAGAACCCAAGCCUUAUUAGCAACCAGAGAUCUGGCAUGGGCAACCAGAUGCCAAAUAUGGUGGUUCAGUAUCCUUCAUUGCCAUCCUAUCAGGUUCCAGUAGGAAACGAAUCCCAGGGUGUAGUGCAACAACCAUACCAGCAGCCUGUCGUAGUCUCUGCAAACCAGCCAGUACAGGGUGGAAUGCCUCCUGGUGGUGUGCCCUUCUACUACAGUGUUAUUCCAGCAUCCCAGCAAAAUGGUACAAGUUCAUCUGUUGGGUUUAUCCAGCCGCCUGGCUCUGAACAGUACCCUAUCCCUCCAUCUCCAUCCCCCUGCAGUGCUCCACAGAUACAGCAGCAGUAUUCAGGAGUGGCUCCUCCAGCACCUAGUGUCAUGGUAAUGCAACUUAGUCUCCCAAAUGGACCCCAGCCACCUCAAAACCCAACUGUGGUGCAGUGGGGACCCUGUAAAUUCUAUGGUAUUGAUCAGCGAGGACAGAAACCAGGAGAUAUGUACAGUACAGACAGCAAUCCUCAGGCCAGUACCCAGUUGAAUAGCCCUAUUACCUCUCCAACUCAGUCGCCAGCACCUUCUCCAGCUGCCAAUGUAAAUAAUGUCUGCCAGGGACUGGCAGCGCUUCCAGUCAUUACACAGUUCUCCAGGCCUGUGGGGCCAGCACAAGGUGAUGGACGGUAUCACUUGCUUGGCCAGCCAUUGCAGUAUAGUCUUUCACUUUGUCCUCCAGCAGUGCUUCACAGCCAGUCCACUUUCUCAACACAUCAGGGGCAGGCUGGAAUAAAACAUGGAAACCGAGCAAAAAGGCAAGCACUGAAGUCUGCGUCAACUGACCUGGGAAUGACAGAUGUAGUUGUUGGACGGGUCUUAGAAGUAACUGAUCUUCCUGAAGGCAUUACACGCACAGAAGCCGACAAACUCUUCGCUCAGCUUGCCAUGUCUGGUGCCAAAAUUCAGUGGCUCAAGGACUCUCAGGGGCAUUCCAGUGGAGGAGUUACUGACAGCAGUGAGACUCCAGAGAAUGGCAGGCACACUAAUGACCUUGCUGCCUUAUACACAGUUGUUGCUGUUUUCCCAUCCCCUAUAGCCGCACAGAAUGCCUCACUCAAACUCAACAACUCCAUGAGCCGGUUUAAGUUAAGAAUGGCCAAAAAGAACUAUGAUCUACGCAUAUUGGAAAGAGCUAGCUCACAGUAGCAGCACGCAGCACACUGGACUUAUCUUUACCAUCACCUUGGUAUCUAGUUUCUCUUUCUUUCCUUUGGCUGACUCUGUUGACCCUUUUUUUCCCUCCUGACAUUGUUUCCUGGUUUUCAUUUCUUUUUGCCUCUGUGGCUCUGGUAAUGCAUUUUUUUUCUUCCUCUUAAUAUAUUUAUAUAGAAGUAAUUAAGGAAAAGUUGUUGAUUUCAGUGGAAGAAAAUUGUCAUGACCUCUCUGCCUAUGUCAUACCCUGUGCAGCCUCUUUCCUCUCUCCUACCCCAGUCUUUUUUUUUUCCUUUUAACACCUUGUAACUUUGUUUGGUUUAGAGUUGUGCAGAGGUUAUCAGAAGCAGUAUUUAAUUGCACAAAGACAUGUUGACUGCGUUUGUUCACUGUAAAUUUUAUUUAAUCUGUUAUUUUGUUUUUAAAUAUAAAAGAAAAAACUGCCA